GUCAGUGCGUCGUGUGCGCGAGUCUUAUUCAGGAUCCGUGUUCGCAUCACGGAACAGAAGAAAGGAAGAGAAAAAGAGAAAGAGAGAGAGAGAGAGAGAGAGAGAGAGAGAGAGAGAGAACGCGUCGCUCGAAAGGCGCUUUGUUCCGGUUUUCCGUCCACUCGCUUCUGGUGCGCAUUUUUGUGUCCGUUUCUUUUUUCGCGCUCAUAUUUAUCAAGGAAAAAUCACGAAGCGAUUUUCGAGGAUCGAUCGAUAGAUCGAUCACUCGAAGAAAAAAGGAAAGAACGCUCAUCCCUUCCGAGGGACGAGAGACGAAGAACGAUCUUUUAACCGAAUCGGCGCAUUGCUAUUGUGCGCAACUUAGGGCCCUCGAAAGGUUACCGUAGGGCCGAAAAUCCAGUGUGAGGUUAGUUUCGGGUUCAACAGCCAACUACCACGACGUCAGGGGAUAACGACAGCAACGAUAUUUCGCCGAGGGACUCGAUAUUGUGCUCGACAACAAACGGAAGGUAUUGUCUGACAAGAAGGAAAAAAAACGCCAGAUUAAACGAAAAUGGCGGUAUUUGGCUUGGUCUCGGCGGUCGCCGGGUUCGUCAAGGUACGAUAUUUGAUCGACAAGGCUGUUAUCGACAACAUGGUCUUCAGAAUGCAUUACAGGAUCACGUCGGCCAUUCUGUUUCUUUGCUGCAUUAUUGUUACAGCCAAUAACUUGAUAGGCGAUCCCAUCAACUGCCUAUCGGAAUUACCCUCCGGCCAUGUGAUCAACACGUAUUGUUGGAUCACGUACACAUUCACGCUGCCGGGAAACCUCGCGAAGCCCGUGGGUACCCACGUGCCCCAUCCGGGUCUAGGUGGCGAUUACGGGGAGAAAAGGUACCACUCGUACUACCAAUGGGUGCCGUUCAUGUUGUUCUUCCAAGGCGUACUGUUCUAUUUACCACAUUGGAUGUGGAAGCAAUGGGAGGAAGGUAAAAUCAGGAUGAUAUCCGAAGGCUUAAGAGGUGCCAUGAUCGACACUAAACAGGAACGUCAAGCUAAGACCGAAAGACUGGUUCAAUAUCUCAUGGAGACCAUGCACUUGCAUAACAGCUAUGCUGCCGGAUAUUUCUUUUGCGAGGUCCUCAACUUUAUCAAUACCGUUGGUAAUAUCUUCUUCGUAGACACAUUUCUGGGCGGCGCUUUUCUUACAUAUGGCACGGAUGUGUUGAAGUUUAGCAACAUGAAUCAGGAGCAACGUACUGAUCCGAUGAUCGAAGUAUUUCCACGCGUAACUAAGUGUACUUUUCACAAGUUUGGUGCCUCAGGUUCGAUCCAGAAAUUGGACGCGCUCUGCGUGCUCGCGCUCAAUAUUCUCAACGAGAAAAUUUACAUCUUUCUGUGGUUCUGGUUUAUCAUAUUAGCUGUCUUUUCUGGAUUGGCGGUGUUGUACAGCAUGGCCAUAGUAUUGAUGCCCAGCACACGCGAAACGAUUAUCAAGAAGCGCUUCAAGUUUGGCACAUCAGCUACAGUUGGCACGCUCAUCCGAAAAACUCAGGUUGGCGACUUCUUAAUGCUUCAUUUGCUGGGUCAGAAUCUGAAUCUCAUGACGUUCAACGAAGUGCUAGAAGAAAUGUGCCGUCGUAUACAAUUCGGUAAUGAUGCAUCGCCAACAUCAGUACCUUCAGCACCCAGCACCCUCGAAAUGUCGCCAAUGUACCCGGAGAUCGAGAAAUUCAGCAAGGACACCGAGAUCUAAAUGCGAAAAGAAACUCGGCCGUCGUUGCUAUUUUCCACUGCCCUUCUCCCCCUUUUACUUGUUCGUAUUGUGAUAAUAUCGAGGGCGGUUUUGCAAUGCCGUCAUCUCGAUGCCAAUAAAGAGACAGGUUCGUGCCGCGCUGUCGACUACAUUAUCGCGCGAGAAGCUAUAUAAAACCAUACGCGCAUCGGACGUCUCCCUGCUGCCCAUCGGGGCUCAUGUUUAACGUAGCCUUACUGUCACACGACACUCGUAAAACGUAAGCUCAGCAUUAAAAAAGUCUUGAUACUUGUUUCCUGUCAACGAGAGUGAGUUUCGCUCAUUAUCGCGUCCUUGUUAAAACGCGAAGUGAUCCUUGACGUUUUAUGUUCCAUGAGACUUCCAAUUGGAAA